AUGUUAGUGCCUACUAUAAACGAUUUCGUGACAAACCUGACGAGUGUUGCCCUAAACCUAGCUCGCAGCAACUACGACGCUCGCAAGCCCACCGCGGUGUCGUUCUGGAGCUCGGCGGGGGAGCCGGUGGUGGCGGGCUUCCUGCGCGGCUACCCCAACGCCGUGCUGACCACUGACCUGCGCCGCAACCGGACCAUCGACGCCGACCAGUUCGUGUUCAUCACAGAGUCGUCGCAGGACUACGACCUGAUCUUCCGCGCGGUGAACUGGACUCGCGUGCAGCCCGUGGCGGUGGUGCUAGUGCUGCUGGCGCCCGCCCCGCGCGCUGCGCUGCGCCCCCUCGCCGCCGCCGGCUGGAGGCACAACGUCACCGACCUGUUCAUCGUGCACCGAAGUAGCUGCGGGGGCGAGGUGCAGAUCUCCACCUACCUGCCCUUCAGCGGCGGCCGCUGCGACAACGUGGAGCCGGUCACCCUCAGCUACUCCGACGCUCCAGUUAUCUUUCCGAGGAAGUUUAAAAACUUCCACAAGUGUCCACUGAGAGUGUCGUUCGUGGAGAACCUGGGCAACGUGGUGGUGGUGCGGCGCAAGAACGGGGGUAUACAGGUGCGCGGGACGGAGGGGCUGCUGGCGCGGCUGCUGGCGGCGCGGCUCAACGCCUCGCUGGUGCCGGUGUUCCCGCGCGACGGCGGGGAGUACGGCGGCGCGGCGGGGGGGCGCUGGACCGGCUCCGUGGGCGACGUGGUGCACGGCCGCGCCGACGUCUCCGCCGCCUCCGCGCUGCUCAACCUGGAGCGGUACCGCGCCACGCAGCCCACGCACAGCUACAAGGUGGCCACGGUGGUGUGGGUGGGCCCGCCGCCGCGCGAGCUGCAGGCCUGGGCCAAGGUGCUCAUCCCGCUCUACAACGGCACCAGCAUGUGGCUGCUGCUGGCCAGCGCCGCCUUCUACCUCGUGUCGGUGGCCAUACACAUCCUCCAGGAUCCAGAGCACACGGCGAGGAACAACACCCUGCUGCACUCCGUAGCGAUAUUCCUGGGACAAAACGUGAGGUUCGAGACCAAAUUCUGGUUGCUGAACAGCCUCUUCGCGAUGUGGCUGUGGUUCUGUGUCAUAGUGGCCAUAUUUUUUCAGGGGGAACUAGUGAAAGGCUUACAGCAGAGCAUCCUGGAGCCCGGUAUGACGACUUUCGAGGAAGCGGUGAAGGAGGUGAACGGCUACGGGGGCAUCGCAUCGCUGCUGAACUUUUACGAGGACGACGAGGAGUUCAAAGCGAGGUACCAGCAGAUCAGCGUGAAGUCGACGGGCGCGAAGCUGCAGGCGAUCUCGCGCGGGGAGCGGUUCCUGUUCGCGACGGACGCGCGGGCGGCGCGCACGUCGCGGCUGGCGCUGCAGCGGCUGGCGGGGGCGGUGGCGCGCGCGCCGGUGCCGCUGCUGGCGCGCGCGCGCUGGCCCGGCGCCCGCGAGCUGGACGCGCUGCUGCUGCGCGUGCUCGAGGCCGGCUUCUUCGAGAAGAUCGAGGACGACUCGGAGGACCAGAUCACGCUCAAGUACUUCUACCACCGCCGCGGCGGCGCGCGCCGGUUCAACGCGCUCGACCUGUACCACGUGAGCGGAUGCUUCUACAUCUACAUCAUAAUGGUGUGUGUGUGCACUGCUGUGUUUGUUAUCGAAAUUAUUUGGUUUAGGUUUUCGGAGAAACGAAAGAUAAUGUGUUAA